AUCUUCCCUCUCUGCACUCACAGGAGGAGAUUUCUUUUUUCCUUUACUUCUUUUUGCCUGUCUAUUUCCUGUCUUGUUCUUAAUUCAUCCAAUCCUAUUGGAAAAAGCUGAGAGUUACGACUUAACUUAAUAGACAGCAGUGUUUUUCUUGUUCCCUUGUUCCAACCCACUUUCUUAGGGCUUCUUCUAUCGAUAAGACCCCCCAAGACCCCACCUAACACAGGAUAUCGUGCAAACCUUUCAGAUUGCUUUAUAUUUUUUUUUUUCCUCUUCGUAUUUCCAUAUAUACAUAGACCUCUUGUUCUCGAGCCUCUCCCACGGCGAUUUCCACAUUUUUGACUCGGUCGCCAUCUGUUCCUAUCCAGACGAUACAUAUUAGACUCCCCCAGCACAAAGGAAAACACCACACAGUCAAGAUGGUUUCUGCAUCCAAGGCUGCCCGCCAGGCAAAGCGUGCCGCUGAGGGCAAAGAGAAGAAGACACCCGCUUCGCGCCUGUCGUCGAAGGUCAACUCGAAGAAUGCUUCUCGAGCUUCGUCUGUUAAUGGCGAUCAGGUAGAGGAUGCCAACCUCAUCGAGGAACCCGCCACCAGCGCCUCCAAGAUGUCCGACAUCAAAAGAUUGACAGAGCAGAUGGACAAACAUGGCUUGUCUGAUCGUGUUACGACGGGAGUGUUGGCAUCUCUUCCCUCGAGUCAAGACGUUAAGAUUACUUCAGCGUCUCUCGUUUUCCACGGCCGAGUCCUCAUCACCGACUCCACACUCGAGCUCAACUAUGGCCGGCGAUACGGCUUGCUUGGUGAGAACGGAUGUGGCAAAUCUACAUUCCUCAAGGCCAUCGACAAGCGGGAGUUCCCUAUCCCAGAGCAUAUUGAUAUCUAUCUGCUGAAUGAGGGAGCACCCCCCAGUGAACUCGGUGCUUUGGAGUGGGUUGUUAAAGAAGCAGAGAACGAGAUGGAAAGGCUAGACAAACUUGCUGAAGAAAUUUUGGAGAAGGAUGGACCAGAGAGUCCCAUUCUAGAGGAUUUGUAUGAGCGCAUGGAAACCAUGGACCCUUCGACCUUCCACACCAGAGCCUCUUUGAUCCUUACUGGUUUGGGAUUCAACAAGAAAACUAUUACUAAGAAGACAAAGGACAUGUCCGGUGGCUGGAGAAUGCGUGUUGCUCUUGCAAAAGCCCUAUUCGUCAAGCCAUCCUUGCUUCUUCUCGACGAUCCAACUGCCCAUCUUGACUUGGAAGCUUGCGUGUGGCUUGAAGAAUAUCUAAAAAAAUGGGAUCGCACUCUUAUCCUUGUCUCGCACAGUAUGGAUUUCCUCAACGGUGUCUGUACGAACAUGAUCGACAUGCGUCAGAAGUCGCUGAUGUACUAUGGUGGUAAUUACGACUCUUACCAUAAGACUCGCUCCGAAAACGAGACGAACCAGAUGAAGGCCUAUCACAAGCAACAAGAAGAAAUCGCUCAUAUCAAGAAAUUCAUCGCAUCUGCUGGUACAUAUGCCAACCUUGUCCGACAAGCCAAGUCACGUCAAAAAAUUCUUGACAAGAUGGAAGCCGAUGGCUUCAUUCAACCAGUGAUUCCAGAUAAGAUUUUUACAUUCCGUUUCGCCGACGUUGAGAAGCUACCUCCCCCUGUUCUUUCGUUCGACGACGUCACGUUUUCCUACAGUGGAGAUGCGAAAGACAACCUCUACGAGCACCUCGAUUUUGGUGUGGACAUGGACUCCAGAACUGCAUUGGUCGGUCCUAAUGGUGUUGGCAAAUCCACCCUUCUUCGUCUCAUGACCGGUAAACUGAGCCCAACAUCUGGAAGCGUCACACGCCACACACACUUGAAGCUAGGAUUGUACAGUCAGCACUCCGCAGAACAGCUUGAUCUUACCAAAUCGGCGCUCGACUUCGUCCGAGACAAGUAUAAGGAGAAGUCCCAGGAUUACCAAUACUGGCGCCAGCAGCUCGGCCGAUAUGGUCUUACAGGUGAUGCUCAGACGGCCUUGAUGGGUACCCUGUCCGAGGGCCAGAAGAGCAGAAUUGUCUUUGCUCUCCUUGCGAUCGACGGACCCAACAUGCUCUUGCUCGACGAACCUACCAACGGUCUUGACAUUCCUACUAUCGACAGUUUGGCAGAUGCCAUUAAUGCAUUCAGUGGAGGUGUCGUCGUUGUUUCUCAUGACUUCAGAUUGCUUGACAAGAUCGCUAAAGACAUCAUGGUUUGCGAGCACAAGACUGUUCGACGAUGGGAUGGUUCCAUUGGCGAAUAUAAGAAUUACUUGAGGAAGAAGAUGAUUUCCGCUGGUCAGGUUUAAUCUCUCUUUUCCCUCCUUACAUCUUUUUGAAAGAAUGCUUUCCCUUUAUAAUACCAUACUAUGCAACUUUUGCUCUUUUUUCUUUCCCUCCUUGCAAUGAUAAAAAGGGACGGCUUUUUAUUUUUUUAGUUUUUGCUCUGGGCCGGUUUUUGGCUUGGAUAAGAAUAAGCCUCAAAAUGGCAAAUAGGUUAUUUACAUGAAUAAAUUGAUCGCGCAUGCCUUCU